AUGCGGGUGGGCAUUUAUAAGGUUGCUAUUGCAGCUCAGCAGAGUUUCAUGCACCAUGGAGGGAAACACUACUUCUCAGAAUUAUUUGAGUCCAGCAAUGGUGACGAAGAAGAGUUGUUAGUAUGUGAAGAAGAUUUAGAGCAUAAUCCUUUUGAUGGCUUACCAUACUCAUCUCAUUAUUACAAACUUUUGAAAGAAAGAGAGGAACUUCCAUUUUGGAAAGAAUAUGCUUCCAUGGAGAGUCUUCUUCGUAAUCAAAUUGUGAUUGUUUCCGGAGAUGCUAAGAGUGGCAAAAGUUCACAGGUUCCCCAAUGGUGUGCUAAGUACGGUCUUUCUGCCCAUUAUCAACAGGGGAUAGUGGUACACAAGCAGACAGCAAUGUGGCUGGCACUACGUGUAACUGAUGAGAUGGAUGUCAAUACUGGCCAGGAAGUGGGUUAUGUUGUCCCAUUUGAGAGCUGCUGUACCACUGAAACAAUUCAGAGGUCUGAGGAUUUGUUUUUAAUCCCUUUAACAUUAAAAAAAUGCUGCAAAAAUUACAGAAGAAAAGUGCUAUUAACCAUGAGCUUUGGAGAGUUUUUGGUCUGGAUUCAUACUGUAACCUUUGCAACUGAUAUUAAUGUGGAGAGAAGAAAUGUAUGCAGUCCUAGAAUCAGGCUGCAUUAUAAGAGAGUCUGCUCUAUCAAUAAAAGCCAAGAAGAUAUGUGCAAGCAAAUUCUGGGCACGUCAUCAUCAGGCAAACUCUUCUGCCUCUACCCUGGAUAAUUUACAUACAAGGAAAUGAAACCAUGCCUGUCAGCCAGAAUACAGGACUCAAAUCUAACUAGCAUGGUUCUUUUUCUGAAGAGAAUGGAUUUAGCAGGCUUAGGCCACUGUGAUCAUGUAGCGUGACCUACUCCUGAAAAUCUGAUGCAGGCUUUAGAAGAUCUUGAUUAUCUGGCACCAAAUAAUGAUGGAAACUUUUUUGAAUUUGGAAUAAUUAGGUCAGAGUUUCCUCAGGAUCCACAGCUGUCAAAGUCCAUUUUAGCUUCCUGUGAAUUUGACUGAAUGCUCACCAUUGCUGCCAUGGUAACAGGAAUUCCUAAAUAAUGUUUUAGUGCCACCUAACAUCCAUCCCCUGGAACAGAGGAGGAUACUCUUACCUGCUGUCAAAAAAUCUUCCACUCCACAGGAGAUCACUAUACUCUUAUCAAUGUCUACAAGGCCUACAAAGAUACCAGCACAAACUCCACAAGUCAAUACUACGAUGUUGAGAAAUGGUGUCAUGAUUAUUUCCUAAGCUUUUCUGCACUGAGGAGGGCAGAAGUUAUCAGAGCUGAACUGGCAGAGAUUGUGAAAUGUAUUGAACUUCCCAUUUCAGAACCUGACUUUGAAUCAAAAGAAAAUACGCUAAGCAUAAAGAAACUUCUCUUAUCUGGUUACUUCAUACAAGUAAGGAAAAAAUAUGGUUUAGUAUAA